GAGGGUUCUAGAUGACCCAAAGGGUUCUGGACACCCCAAAGGGAUCCACAGAGCUCAAUGGGAUCCGUGGAUCCCAAAGGGUUCUGGACACCCCAAAGGCUUCUGUGGACCCCAAAGGGAUCCAGGGAGCUCAAUGGGAUCCGUGGAUCCCAAAGGUUCCGUGGAUCCCAGAGGAUUCUGGACACCCCGAAGGGAUCCACGGAGCUCAGCGGGUUCCAUGGACCCCAAAGGGUUCUGUGGGAUCUGGGUUCUGUUGGAUCCCAAAAGGUUCCGUGGAGCUCAAUGGGAUCCGUGGUCCCCGAUGGGUUCUGGGGACCCCAAAAGGCUCCAGGGAGCUCAGUGGGAUCCGUGGUCCCCGAUGGGUUCUGGGGACCCCAAAGGGUUUGAGGGCCCCUGAAGGGUCCAGGGACCCCCCCGCGUCCUGUGGACCCCAAAGGCUUCUCCAGAGCCCCAGGUUCUGCUCAGCCCCCAAAGUGUUCCAGAGACCCCAAAAGGAUUUUAUGGAUCCCCCAAAGUGUUCCAGAGACCCCAAAAGGAUUUUAAGGACCCCAAAGUGUUCCACAGACCCCAAAAGGAUUUUAUGGAUCCCCCAAAGUGUUCCAGAGACCCCAAAAGGAUUUUAUGGGCCCCAAAAGGAUUUUAUGGAUCCCCCAAAGUGUUCCAGAGACCCCAAAAGGAUUUUAUGGACCCCAAAAGGAUUUUAUGGACCCCAAAGUGUUCCAGAGACCCCAAAAGAAUUUUAUGGACCCCAAAGUGUUCCAGAGGCCCCAAAAGGAUUUUAUGGAUCCCCCAAAAGGAUUUUAUGGACUCCAAAGGAUUUUGUGGACCCCAAAAAGAUUUUAUGGACUCCAAAGGAUUUUAAGGACCCCAAAAAGGAUUUUAAGGACCCCAAAAAGUUCUCCGGCCCCGAUGGAUUCUAUGGCCCCAAAGGGUUCGACAACCCCACAGCUCGAAGGUCACCGGGGUUUUAUGGCCCUGGGGUUUUAUGGCCCUGGGGUUUUAUGGCCCCCAGGGUUUUAUGGCCCUGGGGAUUUAUGGCCCCCAGGGAUUUAUGGCCCCCGAGGUUUUAUGGCCCCGGGAUUUACACCCCGAUGCGUGAAAGUGCCUCCAUAAAGAUUUGGGAACUUUUAUGGGCUCGGUGCCUUCCUGGGACAGCGAGGGAUUUAUCUGGGAUUCCAUUCCCUGUUUUCCCAGUUGUGCAAAGAGUGGGAAUUGGGGUUUUUCUGGGAUUCCAUUCCCUGUUUUUUCCAGUUACGCAAAGAGUGGGAAUUUGGGUUUAUCUGGGAUUGCAUUCCCUGUUUUUCCAGUUGUUCCAAGGGCAGGAAUGGGGAUUUAUCCGGGGUUUAUCCAGGAUUUAUGUGGGAUUCCAUUCCCUGUUUUUCCAGUUGUUCCAAGGCUGGGAAUUGGGAUUUCUCCAGGAUUUCAUUCCCUGUUUUCCCAGUUGUUCCAAGGCUGGGAAUGAGGAUUCAUCCAGGAUUUAUCCAGGAUUUAUCUGGGAUUCCAUUCCCUGUUUUUCCCAGUUGUGCAAAGAGUGGGAAUUGGGGUUUUUCUGGGAUUCCAUUCCCUGGGUUUCCAGUUGUUCCAAGGACGGGAAUGGGGAUUUAUCCGGGAUUUAUCCGGGAUUUCUCCAGGAUUCCAUUCCCUGUUUUUCCCAGUUAUGCCAAGGCUGGGAAUUGGGAUUUAUCUGGGAUUCCAUUCCCUGUUUUUCCCAGUUGUGCAAAGAGUGGGAAUUGGGGUUUUUCUGGGAUUUCAUUCCCUGUUUUUGCAGUUGUUCCAAGGGCAGGAAUGGGGAUUUAUCCAGGAUUUCUCCAGGAUUCCAUUCCCUGUUUUCCCAGUUGUUCCAAGGCUGGGAAUUGGGGUUUAUCUGGGAUUCCAUUCCCUGUUUUCCCAGUUAUGCCAAGACUGGGAAUGGGGCUUUAUCCGGGAUUCCAUUCCCUGUUUUCCCAGCUGUUCCAACGCUGGGAAUUGGGGAUUUAUCCGGGAUUCCAUUCCCUGUUUUCCCAGCUGUUCCAACGCUGGGAAUUGGGGUUUUAUCCCAGAUUCCAUUCCCUGUUUCCCAGUUAUGCCAAGGCUGGGAAUUAGGAUUUUUCUGGGAUUCCAUUCCCUGUUUUCCCAGCUGUUCCAAGGCUGGGAAUUGGGGCUUUAUCCCAGAUUCCAUUCCCUGCUUUCCCAGCUGUUCCCAGUGCAGGCAAUGAGGAUUCAUCCAGCAUUUCUCCGGGAUUUCUCCAGGAUUCCAUCCCCUGCUUUUUUCCAACCCUGCAAAGGGUGGGAAUCGCAGCCGCCUGGGCUCAAUUCCUGGAAAAACGCCCUGGGAAUGUGGGGGAAAAAUCUGGGAGACGAUCCCAGCCCGUCAGCAGGGACGGCAACGGGGGGGUGCCGAGGGGGGGAUGGACUUGGAUUGGCCGAGCCUCGAGGUCUUUCCCAAC